AUUUUGGCUUUGGGAACUUCUUCCAGCCCGGGGAGCCCCUGGCCACGUGGUGUGGCAGCCCCCCCUACGCCGCUCCGGAGGUGUUCGAGGGACAACAGUACGAGGGGCCCCAGCUGGACAUCUGGGUAGGACAAAGCUCUUGUCUGCGUCCUAAAUGGCAUCCCUAUUCCCUCAAUAGUACCCUAUUGGCCUUGUUCCAAAGUAGUGCACUAUACAAGGAAUAGGGUGCCAUUUUCACACACCUGCUCUGCGAUGAGUCACACAUACUGCUAACUAGUCCCUUGGUGAUACCAACGGAGUGUCCCAGAACUGACUGUACAUUGUCUUUGACACUGGACCUAAUGUAAUCAUGGACAUCAGAAGCAAUAGUGAGGCCAACCAGAUUAAACAAAGACAAAGCCGAGGCAAAGAUCUGCAGAGCCCUAUCAAAAGCAGUGCACUAUAUAGGGAAUAAGUUGCCAUUUGGGAUGCAGCCAAGGUGCUCAACUGAGAGAAGGUGGGAUAAAAAUAAAAAAAAAGAUAUCUGACCUGAUUGCGUCGGGGAUAUGAUUGUGAAUCAUCAACCCUAGUCAGUGAUAAUUGUAUGAGAAUGAUGUCUUGCCAUAAACCAAAUAGCCCUACCUACCCUCUUUUUCAAAGGCGACUUGAAGACAUCAUGUGAGAUCAUAAGAUUUCCCAACCUCUUUUUAUAGCCCUGCCUGUAUUAUGGCAUAUUGAACUCGCCCUCGCAUACAUCUGGGUGCCUUUGUACCUCAUUGAUCUAGUUAUGUGAGUGUAAGGAUUUUUCCCACAGCAGCCCCUGACCUAGUGUGUGUGUGUGUGUGUGUCUGUCCGUCUGUCUGGCUGUGCUCGUGUGCGCGUGCGUGGUUGUGUGUCUCAAUGUAGAGUAUGGGGGUGGUGCUGUACGUGCUGGUGUGUGGCGCCCUGCCCUUCGACGGCCCCACCCUGCCCGUGCUCCGACAGCGUGUCUUGGAGGGUCGCUUCCGCAUCCCCUACUUCAUGACAGAAGGUGAGAGUGAAUAACAUAGUGCUUCACCCCAAAAAAGCCUGAAGUGACACCAUGGCUCCUAUGGAAAAACAUAAUCCGAAGCCAAACAGCAGUCUGUGUUGUUGUUGUUGGAAUGGGGUUUGUUCACUGGUGAUGCCAGCAGAGGACAUUAAAGGGGCAAUUGGAGAUACAAAAAACAACAAAGUGGUCACCCCACCACUUGUUUUGGUAAACAGCUGAGGGAUAGGGCUACAGAAAUAUAACCUCCUCGAAUCAAUGGCUAUAUAUUGUUCAUUUAAAAGUCCCCAAAAAUGUAUACUGAACAAAAAUAUAAACACAACAUGCAACAAUUUCAACAAUUUUACUGAGUUACAGUUCAUAUAAGGAUAUCAGUAAAUUGAAAUAAAUUCACCAGGCCCACCCACUGGGGAGCCAGGCCCAUCCAAUCAGAAUAAGGUUUUCUCUACAAAAGGGCUUUAUUACAGACAGAAAUACUCCUGAGUUUCUUCAGCUGUCCGGAUGGCUGGUCUCAGACGAUCCCGCAGGUGAAGAAGCCGGAUGUGGAGGUCCGUGGUUACACGUGAUCUGCAGAUGAGGCUGGUUGGACAUACUGCCAAAUUCGCUAAAACAAUGUUGGAGGUGGCUUAUGGUAGAGAAAUGAACAUAAAAUUCUCUGGCAACAGCUUUGGUGGACAUUCCUGCAGUCAGCAUGCCAAUUGCUUGCUCCCUCAAAACUUGAGACAUCUUUGGCAUUGUGUUGUGUGACGAAAAUGCACAUUUUAGAGUGGCCUUUUAUUGUCCCCAGCACAAGGUGCACCUGUGUAAUUAUCAUGCUGUUUAAUCAGCUUGAUUAAACAGUAUGCACUCACUAACUGUAAGUCGCUCUGUAUAAGAGCGUCUGCUAAAUUACUAAAAUGUAAAUGUUGAUAUGCCACACCUGUCAGGUGGAUCGAUUAUCUUGGCAAAGGAGAAAUGCUCACUAACGGGGAUUGAAAACAAAUUUGUGCACAACAUUUGAGAGAAAUAAGCUUUUUGUACGUAUGGAACAUUUUUGGGAUCUUUUAUUUUAGCUCAUGAAACAUGGGACCAACACUUUACAUGUUGCGUUUGUGUUUUUGUUCAGUAUAUGUACCAAUCCGUGAUUACCCCUUUAACUGGCUGCUUGGAGCGCUUCAGAAUCCACUCUCUUGUGUCUCACCAAUGCACUGGGGUCUGGCAUGCAGGGAAAGCAUAGACCGCUUUUGAAGUGAGGCUCAACUGCCCAGCAUGGCAUAAAUACCUGUUCAAAACACCUGUCCAAAAUGGAACCCAUUUACUACUAAGGCAGGGAAUUGCCAUGGACCUCACGAUACGAUAUUAUCAUGAUACUGUGAUUUUAUUGCAAUUCGAUGUUCCAAACAUAUUGUUCACCAUAUGUCUGCUGCAGAGGGACAAGAGAGAGCCAUUCAUAAAGCAUCUCAGAGUAGGAGUGCUGAUCUAGGAUCAGGUCCCCUCUGUCCAUGUACCUUACAUCUUCUCCAUUAUGAUCUAAAAGGCUAAACUGACCCUAGAUCAGCACUCCUACUUUAUGAAUAUGGGCCUAAGAGAUCCUAACAGUGCUCCGUUUGGUGGUGGUUGUGCUUCAAAGCUAGAGAAGUCAGCAUGUCAGGUUAGAGCUAACACUAUACGCCACCCUGGUGAGAUGAACUCUAGUCCGAGAGAGCCAGAGUCAUUGUGCUUACAUAACCUGGGGAAGAGCCAGUGAAGUUCCCGCUCUGCCAGCCCCCCCUUUAGGGGUGGGGGUGAUGGGGGGUGCUGGGUUCUGUGGGCCAACAUGCUUUGUUCAGGGAACUAUUUAUUCCAUGUUGAGAAUGUAGGAGUGUAACUUAAGCCCCCUCCCAUUCCUGCCUGCAGCCCCCUCCCCUUCCUGCCUGCAGCCUCCCAUCCCGUUCCAGUCCUAUUCCCUUGUCGUUUCCUCCUAUAUUUCCUCCCCACAUGUUCUCACUCUCUGCUACAUACACACACACAUAAACACACUGUACGGGACAGUACAGAGGCUCUCUAUAACAAAUCAGGCAGUGCUGUACUGGUAGUACACUACUUUGUUUUACCUCCAGUACUGUACAUCCCAGGACCAUACAUUAUUUGACCUCGGUAUCGAAGCGGCCCCAGGGGAUUUGUGUAACAGAAAUGUUAACCGUCGAAAGAAAGGAAGUGUUAACCAAACGGCCCUGAAUAUUUCCAUGAUGGUGUCAUGAUGUACUCAAGAGAAAAGAAGAGGGUCAAUGUGGAUUGCAUAGUUUCUCUCUCUCUCUCUCUCUCAUCCCUCUCUCUUGCUGGAUUUCUCUGCCAGAGAAGUGCUCAUUCGGCAGCAGAGCAGUCAUACCGAAAGUAUUCAGACCCCUUCCCUUUUUCCACAUUUUGUUACGUUACAGCCUUUUUCUAAAAUAGAUUAAAUAAAACAUUUUCCUCAUCAAUCUACACACAAUACCCCAUAAUGACAAAGCGAAAACAGGUUUUGAGACAUUUUUGUAAAUGUAUUAAAAAUAAAAAACAGAAAUACCUUAUUUACAUAAGUAUUCAGACCCUUUGCUAUGAGACUCGAAAUUGAGCUCAGGUGCAUCCUGUUUCCAUUGAUCAUCCUUGAUGUUUCUACAACUGGAUUGGAGUCCACCUGUGCUAAAUUCAAUUGAUUGGACAUGAUUUGGAAAGGCACGCACCUGUCUAUAUAAGGUCCCACAGUUGUCAGAUAAAAAACUAAGCCAUGAGGUCGAAGGAAUUGUAAGUAGAGCUCCGGGACAGGAUUGUGUCGAGGCACAGAUCUGGGGAAGGGUACCAAAAAAUGUCUGCAGCAUUGUAGGUCCACAAUAACACAGUGGCCUCCAUCAUUCUUAAAUGGAAGAAGUUUGGAACCACCAAGACCCUUCCUAGAGCUGGCCGCCCGGCCAAACUGAGCAAUCAGGGGUGAAGGGUCUUGGUCAGGGAGGUGACCAAGAACCCGAUGGUCACUCUGACAGAGCUCCAGAGUUCCUCUGUGGAGAUGGGAGAACCUUCCAGAAGGACAACCAUCUCUGCAGCACUCCACCAAUCAGGCCUUUAUGGUAGAGUGGCCAGACGGAACCCACUCCUCAGUAAAAAGGCACAUGACAACCCGCUUGGAGUUUGCAAAAAGGCACUUAAAGGACUCUCAGACCAUAAGAAACAACAUUCUCUGGUCUGAAGAAACCAAGAUUGAACUCUUUGGCCUGAAUGCCAAGCAUCACGUCUGGAUGAAACGUGGCACCAUCCCUACGGUGAAGCAUGGUGGUGGCAGCAUCAUGCUGUGGGGGUGUUUUUAACAGCAGGGACUGGGAGACUAGUCAGGACAACGCAGGAGUGGCUUCGGGGAACGUCCUGAAUGUCCUUGAGUGGCCCAGCCAGAGCCCGGACUUGAACCCGAUCUAACAUCUCUGGAGAGACCAGAAAAUAGCUGUGCAGCGAUGCUUCCCAUCCAGCUUGAGAGGAUCUGCAGAGAAGAAUGAGAGAAACUUCCCAAAUACAGGUGUGCCAAGCUUGUAGCGUCAUACCCAAGAAGACUCAAGGCUGUAAUCGUUGCCAAAGGUGUUUCAACAAAGUACUGAGUAAAGGGUCUGAAUACUUAUGUAAAUAUGAUAUUUCCGUUUUAAAUUUUUAAUUAAUGUGCACACAUUUCUAUAAAUCUGUUUUUGCUGUGUCAUUAUGGGGUAAUGUGUGUAGAUUGAUGAGGGAGAAAAACAAUGUAAUAUAUUUUAGAAUAAGGCUGUAACAUAACAAAAUGUGGAAAAAGUCAAGGGGUCUGAAUGCACACACACACACACACACACACAGAUACAAACAAACGCACAAAACAGCACAGCCUCAGCCCAGUGGGCAGUAAUCCUGUUAAGACCCAGCGGUUGGUGACGUCAAGCUCAUUUAGCUGCUAACUGAAGGUUAAGAGGCCUCUCCAUCCUCCUCCGAGAGAGAGAAGGGGGGAGGUGCAGAGGGAGAGGGAGGACGAAGGAGAGAAGGAGAGAGAGAGAAAAAAUGAGAGGGGUAGGGAUAAAAAAGAGAACAAGAGGGAGGGGGCUAGAGAAAACCGAGAGGGGGGAGAGCCUGCUCUGCAUUCCUGCCUGAGCUCAUCUGUUUUUCUUAGCAUGAGUAGUAGAGGUGCUCCUUCACUCCUUCCCUGUGGCCGGCCCUGCUUCAAUACAUUUACAUUUUAGUCAUUUAGAACCGCUUUGUUCCACCAACGUAACGUUUCAGCCGGAGCGCUCUCUUCACUCAAAUGGGGGCUAUUCUUCCCUCGGAACUCUCGGUACAUGGUACACACAGUACCACUGUCCCGGGCUGCGUGUUGUUGUGUAUGGCCUGAUGUGUCGGGGCAAAUGUGUAAGGAGAACACUCUCCUCUCAUCAGACGGUGUCUGAAGCGAGGGCUCUCGGUUAUGGUUCUGAGUACCAGGGGUUGUACAUUUUGAUUUUGUUCCCCUUUCUCUCUCUGUCUCCAUCUUUAUUCCUCUUCCUCUCCCAGACUGCGAGCACCUGAUCCGGCGGAUGCUGGUUUUGGACCCGUCCAAACGUCUGUCGGUGGCCCAGAUCAAGGAGCACAAGUGGAUGGCACUGGACGUGCCGGUGCAGAGGCCCAUGCUGUACCAGCAGGAGGGCGACCUGGGUGUGGGCGAGUACAGCGAGCAGGUUCUACGGCUCAUGCACAGCCUGGGCAUUGACCAACACAAGACCAUCGAGGUGAGAGAUGACCGAGAGAGAGAUGGUGCCUUGUUCCUUAUAUAGUGCCCUACUUUUGACCAUAGGGCACUGGUCAAAAGUAGUGCACUGUAAGGGAAUAGGGGUGCAAUUUGGGACGCAGACAAUAUCUACACUAGCCUUUUGGUGGCCCUAAGCAAGAUUUGGUUGGACUGCCCCCCACCUCGUGGCAAAACAACACAAUUUUGAGACCCAGACUGAGUUCCUUUUUUGGUCGCUUAUGCCUGGAACCAGCCCUUUACACUAGCAUACUAAAGAGAAUGGAGCAAUGUGUUGUGCAUUGAUUCAAAGUAGUGUGCCAGUGUGAAUAUUGGCUGUAUCUCUAAUGACACCCUAUUAUGAGUAUUAAUGUUAAUACAGGUGUGGUCCUCUGUAGCUCAGUUGAUAGAACGUGGCUCUUGCAAUGCCAGGAUAGUGGGUUAGAUUACCGAGGCCACCUUUACCUGAAACAUGUAUGCACGCAUGAAUGUAAGUUGCUUUGGGUGACAAAUUCCCUCAUAGAUUCUCUAGACAUCACUCUGGUCCCAGAACUUUUCAUGUUUUACUUGCACGAUUGCCCCUAUUACUUCCAUUGGUUGUUAGCUAGCGGUGGCUAAAGUUAGCUAAAGUUUGUAAUAAUAAAAUAAUAAACAUUUGGUGGGUGCUUAUAUUUGUCCUAUUUGACACAUGUACACGUCUGUAUUAUACGCAUGUGCGAUUUGGAAAUGUUUUUUUACAUAUCCCAACUUAGAGCGGGGUCACAGCCAAGGUCAGACAUUAUCAACAGCGACCCUGGAGCGAUUAGUGUUAAGUGCCUUGCUGAAGUGCAAAUCAACAGAUUUUUUACCUUGUCGGGGAUUCAAACUAGCGAUAUUUUGGUUACUGGGCCAACGCUCUAACCGCUAGGGUACCUGCUGCCCUACAUGUAGUGGCUGUUUCAAGAAAACCUAACCAUGGAUUACAGUUUAUCCUGGUCCAUAGACUACUUUCAGGGUGAGGAACCAUCUGACAUCAAGAUAUAAAAUACUGAACUAUCCCUUUAAAAAUGCACUAUGCAGUAAUCAUUCAGCCAUUUCCUCGUUGCUAAAAUUGUAAUAGUUCACCUAAUUUCAGUUUAUGUGACAAAACAAGCAAGUAUCGUGUAGAGCCAUCAAACUCAACUCUGGACCUCGAAGCCAGUUCCACUGCAUUUUUUUAUUGUUCCCCUCUAAUCAGGGACUGAUUUAGACCUAUGACACCAGGUGUGUGCAAUUAAUUAUCAGGUAGAACAGAAAACCAGCAGGCUCCGGACCUCGUAGGGUAAGAGUUGAGUACCCCUGGUGUAGAAAAUCAUUGUACCAUCUAAACCAGUGGUUCCCAACUUUUUUCGGUUACUGUUCCACAAACUAAAUUUUGCUCUGUCCAGAGUAACCGCUCGUGCAUUUUACCAGAAGGCCUAUGAUCUCAUGAGUCUUCCCAAGUACCCCCUGUGGAAAGGCCAAGUACCCCCAGGGGUCCUAGUACCCCUUGUUGGGAACUACUGAUCUAAACCGCUGUGAAAUAAAUAUAUUUUCCAUAACCAAAAAUAUUGUAUUUUCAACUGUUUUGAAGCUUGUGUACCAAACCGAAAGUAAAAGAUGCAAAAACGAAACUUAACGGGAGGCAUAGAAAUGGUGCACAUAAAACAGAUCUACAGCUUCUUAGACUUGCAUUCAAUGAGAAUGACAGAUCUAUAACUCACAUUUCUAUGUGAAUUUGGUCGGGUCGCCCAAAAAGUGACAUAUUGCAGCUUUAACAUGGUGUGUCCCUUCCUGUUUCCAGUCUCUCCAGAACAAGAGUUACAACCACUUUGCUGCUAUCUACUACCUGCUGGUGGAGCGUCUCAAGGCCCACCGCUGCAGUUUCCCUGUGGAGCAGCGGCUUGACGUACGCCAGCGCCGGCCCAGCACCAUCGCCGAGCAGACUGUCGUCAAGGUAACCCCCGCUGUCUUCGUCGCCGGUUUUCGGCGUCACAAAGUAGAUCUGUCUGUGUGGUGUAUUAGUAUGGGUGUCUGUGGUCGUAAUUAUCAAGGACAUUUACAUUCACACACCUGGCUGUUCAAAGAACAUGUAUUCAUUGAUAAAUGAAACAUAUAUUCUCUUCCUUUCACUGCCCUCUCUCUUUUUUUUCCAUUUUUUUUGUCUUUCUCACUCUAUCCAUUAAAUUUCCUUUCUUCCUUUUUCUCUCUUUCUCUCUUUGUUACCUUUCCCUCUUUUCCUCUUUCUUUGAUUCUCUCUAUCCAUUCCAUUCACCCUCUUCCUCUCUUUCUUUGAUUCUCUCUCUAUCCAACUUUUUUCCUGAUCUCUUUCUCUCUCUUGUCUCUCUCCUUAUCUUCCUCCUUCAUUCUCUCUCGCUCUCUCUGUACCCCUCCAUAUAUCUCCCCUACAGCCAAGCGAGCUGAGCGGUGGCUCCCCCCAGGUGGGUCUCCUGCCCCAGGGGGUGCGGGGUCUCCUACACUCCCCAGCCCUGCCCCAAGCCUCUAUCGAUGCCUUCAACUUCCCACAGUCGCCGCUUCUGCCCGAGCACAGCUUCAUGGUCGAGGACGUGGCCACUCCUAAAGUAAGUCACCACACCAAACAAGUCGCGCCAUGUCAUCUAAGGUUACGAGCUAUUCUGAACCGAAGCACCCCGGCCUGUAGACACCCACUAUGUGGAGUGUUAUCCAGUUUUCCAGCUGGAUAACGCUAUUGAAGUUAGUGGAAUUAAGCGUUUUGAUAUAUUAAAUAUAUGUAAUAUAUAUAUGUAACUAUAUACUCAUAUUUUGGAAGUCGAAGAAAACCAUAAAGGAGUGUCAUCAAAUGGAUUGGCAUUUCAGACUCACGCUUCAAUUCUGAUAUACAAAUUAUAAACAUUAUGUUUGCACAGAAACACACAUGUGAUCAGUGUCAUGUGGGAACAGAUCUGGGUCGUGCUCAUUAGGGGACAUCGUAGCAAAACAAAUUGCAACGUGAAACGAAAAUUGAGGUUCCUAUUGGACAAACUCAGGGAGUACCUCCCCUGUUUGAAAACUUUUGAAAACUUUUUUUCCCAACUGAACACGACCCCAUGGAGCACUGAUUGCAACAGGACAGUGGUGACGCUACAGAGGACCGAUCCUCCCCCCAGGCCACCCCAACCCCGACUGGCCACUGCUGCUGAGUUAUCCAAGAGGGGACUCUUGUCUGUCUGUUUUGUUUUGUUUGGUUUAGCCCACUCAUCCUGCCUCCUCCUCCCUCCCUCCCCAGGGGGCUCUUUGUUCAAGGCUGUCCCCAACACCCCAUAACCAGGCAGCGAGAGAAGGGAGCGUUGCCAGUUUGGCACUCAAUAGAACAACACAAAAUCAGCGGAGGAGUGACACAGUCCAGCUCCAGUCUCCUCUUACCCCCUUUUAUACCGUGUGAGAGCUUCUAGCUAGUUCCGACUGAGGCUGCAUCCUAAAUGGCACCCUACUCCCUGUUUAGUAGUGCACUGCUUUUGACCUGGGCCCUGGUCAAAAGUGGUGCACUUUAUAGGGAAUAGGCUGCCAUUGGAUGGAUGGUGGUGUAUACGUCACAGUUAUGUUAUGAAAGAGCUCUGACUCACAUUUCACUGAGGACGGGGCUCCACAGUAGAGUACAUAAGCUGGGAACAUGACCAUGUCUGUGUGUUAACUUAGUUCAAAUCCCCUGUCCUAUUCGGACCCCUCCUGACCGGCACCUGCUGCUAAUGCUACUUGGCUGGGCCCCUUUCUCUCUUCUGCAUCCCAAAUGGCACUCUAUUCCCUAUAUACUGCACUACUUUUGAUCAGGGCCCAUAAAUUCCCUAUAUAGUGCAUUACUUUUGACCAGGAACAGGGUGCUAUUUGGGACACUGUCUGUGCACCCUGCCCUAGCUACAGCCUGGUUGUCAGAGGGGGGAAAGGAGGGAUGUGUCCUUAAGGCUGAGGCACUGGGCUGGCUGGUUCUGACAGUAACCGCACGGCAGGCAAGGCACAGCUGCCCCUCGCUAGUUUACGUAAGCCACUCCACUCAGCCCCGUCCGUCCCCUCUAUCUGUCUGUCUGGCUGGGGCCACACAUCUGACGUGACAGCUGCCAGUUCUCUACAGCUCAGGCACAGUUAGAGACCUCUUUCCCCCUCACACAAACAAACAAACACACACUAGGAGCACAUGCACACUUAGCGUUGGCCCAUGUGACAUCGGCUGUACUCUUGCCCCUGCAGGUCUGGACCCAGACUCUCUCCAUCUCACUCCCCUCCUCCCUCUCUGCUAAGUGUCUGUCUUUAUCUAUGCCAGACUGUGACCUUUUCUUCCAGCCUGGCCAGGCUUUACCAUUCCCCUGCUUGCUGCUGUGUUUUGAACAUCUGCGUUAUUUAUCACUUUUACAACCUUUUUUUUUUUUCUUAACUGACAAACUAUACUUAAAAUAUAUAUAUUAACCCUCAUAAAAAAUAUAUAUUAACCCUCAUAAAAAAUAUAUAUUAACCCUCAUUAAAAAAAUUGCUGUGUAAGAGCAGACUUCCGAGAAAUUAAAUCAAAGAAUGAAUCCCAAAUGGCAACCUGUUACCUAUUUAGUGCACUACUUUUGGUCAAACUAGUGCACUAAAUAGGGCAUAGUGUGCCCUUUUGGAUGCACACGAGGCACUAGGGCAGUGUGCGGUAAUAGCCUGGUGUGGCCUGGGUUCGAGCAGCCAGCCCCUCUCCCUCCCCAGUGCGUUGAGUAACAGGCAGCAUUCCUGGCCCAGCACGCUUCAGGAAACUGGGAUCAGGAAUUGUACAAAGCAGCUCUGACUGGAGGAGCCCAGGGUUCUGGUUUCCCCAGCAACUCAUCCAGAUGAUCCGUGUCAGCGAGGGGUGUGUGAGAGAGACUGACAGACACAGAGAGUGUGUGCGUGCGAGAGAGAUUUGUGUCGUAGGGAGACAUUUGUGUGUGAGAGAGACACUGUGUGAGCAAGAGACAUUGUGUGUGCGUGCGCGUGUGUGUUUGAUGAGCGAGCCUGAUUGUGUCUCAGUGUGCCUGUGUCUGUGCGAGAGUCUCUCACUGCGCUUUCAGCCAAAGUACACUUCCUGUGCAUGCAUUCCAGACUUCCACCCCUCCUCCCCUCUCCUAGUGUCUGAGCAACGGGGGGAAAAGGAGGGCAGGACAGAAAGAGAGGGGGAGAGAGAAAUGGCAGACACAUUUUGUUUACCCAUCCAGUCCCCAAACCUUGCAGUAGAUUGUAUGUUUCUGUAGGUCCAGAGCUGUCCACUCCAAUAACACAAGUAAAGAGGACCCUCUGGAUGUGUACAUUAGGGGGAAGCUGCCUGGUCAUGAAUUAACCGAGAGGAGCCAUGUCCUGAUGAAUGGUUUCACCCUCUUAGGACGUGCGUGUCUGUGUGUGGGACAGAGGAGGAGGUCCCAUUCACGUCCGUAGAGAUGUAGGAAUGGAGCUAAAAUGGGGAGAGCCAAGUAUAACGGAGGUGUUUAGGUGAGACCCUCUCGUAUGAUGAGUAACCUUGCCUGGGUGCUGGAAACUCACGUUAGCUCCCUAGAGGUAAUGCCCUGAGAGUCUGGGUUGGAAACCCAGUUCAAUCCUCAACUCUAUAGCGAGUAUGGAUGAAAAUUAGCUCUUUUGCUAACACCUGACACUUGAGCAUUGAUGUGGAAAGGGAAAUAAUGAUUAAUAUGUACUGUCCCUGUGAAGUACAUUUCAUAAAUACAUUUCAUAAAUGGAUUAAGGUAAAUGAAUUUUUCCAGCAAGCAACUCACCGUGCCUCUCCCUGUCUUUGCCUUUAGGUGAAUGGCUGCAUGCUGGACCCCCUGCCCCCCACAGUGCUGCGCAAGUCCAGCGUGUCGUCACCCAGUAACAUGAUGGAGACAUCCAUCGACGAGGGCAUAGAGACGGAGGAGCCCGACGCCGAGGCCGACCCCGCCCACUUCUUCUCCGCCUUCCAGACGGCCCGCUUCGGCCAGCGCCGACACACCCUUUCCGAGGUCACUAACGAGCUAGGCCCUGUCAUCAACCAAGGUCAGAACUGAACCAAGGUUCUGGGACAUUAGAGAAUCAUAUACGCCAUUGGCUAGAUAGGGGAAAUAGGGCUGUGUUCAUAUGAUGGGUUGUUGUUCUGCUAAGCCAGCAAGUAUUGCGUUUGUGAAUGUUGAAAAUGUGCGCUUCCAGUGGAAAUUAUUUUAAACGCACCACAUUUAUUGAUGGAUGAAUGAGUGGAUAGACUGGUUUUAUUUAUUAUAUGUAGCUAAUGCCAGAGGGGUAAACUACAAAGCAGGAUCAACGAGUUAACUUUGAUAAACAAACAGAAAUUACAAUAGAUUUUCUGGUUCAUUUAAGAAAGCUAAACGUAGUGUGUUGUGUUUUGGUUGUUGAGGCAAUUGGACCAUGUCCAUUUCAUGCUUAUCUUCUUAAUGUUUUUAUUUAUUUCAGAAUAUUCUGGAAAGUUAACUGGCUAAGUCAUUGAUCAUGCUUUGUAAUAUACAGUGGGGGAAAAAAGUAUUUAGUCAGCCACUAAUUGUGCAAGUUCUCCCACUUAAAAAGAUGAGAGAGGCCUGUCAUUUUCAUCAUAGGUACACGUCAACUAUUAUAGACAAAAUGAGAGAAAAAAAUCCAGAAAAUCACAUUGUAGGAUUUUUAAUGAAUUUAUUUGCAAAUUAUGGUGGAAAAUAAGUAUUUGGUCACCUACAAACAAGCAAGAUUUCUGGCUCUCACAGACCUGUAACUUCUUCUUUAAGAGGCUCCUCUGUCCUCCACUCGUUACCUGUAUUAAUGGCACCUGUUUGAACUUGUUAUCAGUAUAAAAGACACCUGUCCACAACCUCAAACAGUCACACUCCAAACUCCACUAUGGCCAAGACCAAAGAGCUGUCAAAGGACACCAGAAACAAAAUUGUAGACCUGCACCAGGCUGGGAUGACUGAAUCUGCAAUAGGUAAGCAGCUUGGUUUGAAGAAAUCAACUGUGGGAGCAAUUAUUAGGAAAUGGAAGACAUACAAGACCACUGAUAAUCUCCCUCGAUCUGGGGCUCCUAGCAAGAUCUCACCCCGUGGGGUCAAAAUGAUCACAAGAACAGUGAGCAAAAAUCCCAGAACCACACGGGGGGACCUAGUGAAUGACCUGCAGAGAGCUGGGACCAAAGUAACAAAGCCUACCAUCAGUAACACACUACGCCGCCAGUGACUCAAAUCCUGCAGUGCCAGUCGUGUCCCCCUGCUUAAGCCAGUACAUGUCCAGGCCCGUCUGAAGUUUGCUAGAGUGCAUUUGGAUGAUCCAGAAGAGGAUUGGGAGAAUGUCAUAUGGUCAGAAGAAACCAAAAUAGAACUUUUUGGUAAAAACUCAACUCGUCGUGUUUGGAGGACAAAGAAUGCUGAGUUGCAUCCAAAGAACACCAUACCUACUGUGAAGCAUGGGGGUGGAAACAUCAUGCUUUGGGGCUGUUUUUCUGCAAAGGGAACAGGACGACUGAUCCGUGUAAAGGAAAGAAUGAAUGGGGCCAUGUAUCGUGAGAUUUUGAGUGAAAACCUCCUUCCAACAGCAAGGGCAUUGAAGAUGAAACGUGGCUGGGUCUUUCAGAAUGACAAUGAUCCCAAACACACCGCCCGGGCAACGAAGGAGUGGCUUCGUAAGAAGCAUUUCAAGGUCCUGGAGUGGCCUAGCCAGUCUCCAGAUCUCAACCCCAUAGAAAAUCUUUGGAGGGAGUUGAAAGUCCGUGUUGCCCAGCGACAGCCCCAAAACCUCACUGCUCUAGAGGAGAACUGCAUGGAUGAAUGGGCCAAAAUACCAGCAACAGUGUGUGAAAACCUUGUGAAGACUUACAGAAAACGUUUGACCUGUGUCAUUGCCAACAAAGGGUAUAUAACAAAGUAUUGAGAAACUUUUGUUGUUGACCAAAUACUUAUUUUCCACCAUAAUUUGCAAAUAAAUUCAUAAAAAAACCUACAAUGUGAUUUUCUGGAAUAUUUUUUCAAAUGUUGCCUCUCUCAUCUUUUUAAGUGGGAGAACUUGCACAAUUGGUGACUGACUAAAUACUUUUUUUCCCCACUGUACCCCUCAGGAAUCUUUCCUGACCAGCGACCUUACCUGGAAAACGGGCUGUGACGAUUAUGGAAUUUUGGCUACGGCCAAAAUGGCCACGUUUAUAUUCAUAAUUGUAUAUUUUUAAUUUAAAUUUUUUAGCUUGUAAUGCAUUUGAAUGCAUCUUUGAACAUUUGCUAUCACAUACCUAAUGAAUACAACAUAUACAUUUUAGUAAUUUAGCAGACACUCUUCUCCAGAGCAACUUACAGUUAGUGAGUGCAUACAUUAUUUUAUUUUUCAUACUGGCCCCCCGUAGGAAUCGAACCCACAACCCUGGCGUUGCAAACGCCAUGCUCUACCAACUGAGCUACAUCCCUGCCGGCCAUUCCCUCCCCUACCCUGGACGACGCUGGGCCAAUUGUGCGCUGCCCCAUGGGUCUCCCGGUCGCGGCCGGCUACGACAGAGCCUGGAUUCGAACCAGCUAGCACUGCCUUAGACCACUGCGCCACUCGGGAGACUCUACAACAAAGCUCUAGUGACACACUUGUCUCAGUAACUAUUGGUUUUGAAAGCAUUAAACUUUUGGAAGUUAAGCGUCUCCUCCCGACCAUGCCGUUCUGCUCGUAAAAUGAUUGGUAACUUUACCUACUUCAUGUAAAAAUUUAAAUUGGGUAAACUAUAUCAACUUGAAUAUAAAGUUGAAUCCCCUCUUAUCAUAACAUGAAUGUAUGAAAACAAUUAUGACAACAACAAAAAAUAUAGUUUUUUUUUUGUUCACGGUUAUUGUCCAUAGUGUCGGUUACACGUUUAUAUGAUAAUUGUGCCAGCCCUACCCGGAAAAACCUGUGACCCUAAUUAGAGCAAUAUCCAAUCCACCAGUAGUACUGGCAAUGAACCCUUGCUUUCCUAUAUUGCUAUGAACCAACAGGUAAACUGUUCACAAUGGGCCACAACCCGUCCCUGGGCAGCGUGGACUCUGACAUGGGCUACGACAUGGGCUCCUUGCACAGUGACCUGGGUCUGCUGGAGGACACCCCCUCUCUCAGCGAGGUGGUCCUGGCCAACACCCACAGCUCGGGGUCCCACGUGACCCAGGGCCCCUUCAUGAGCCAGCGGCCCCCCAACCCCACCAUGCAGGCCCUGAGCUCCCAGAGGAGAGAGGCCCACAACCGCUCGCCCAUCAGCUUCAGGGAGGGCCGCCGCGCCUCAGACACCUCCCUCACACAAGGUGAGAUCCACUAGUUGUCUCUUUCUCGAUCUUUACCAGUCUCCAUCUCCAUCUCGUUCUUCAUGUAUCUUUCUCUCCUUCUUCCCAGCUUCAUUCACACUCUUUUUCAAGCUGAAAAUUGGCUCUCUUUCAUUUUAUUUUCUUCUCUCUCUCUGAUGAUUCAUUUUGUGAAUCAGACUGCACUUUGAAGGUGUGGCCCACAUAGCUCUGUUUUAAUGUUUCUUUCCGUAGCAGAAGCACCCUGUAAAGUAACUCAAUUAAUAGAGAGCUUAAAAUGUAUAUACAGGAGAUGUAUGUGUGUGUGUGUUGUUUUUUCCCCCAGCUGCCUCUUCAGUCUGCACACACACCCAGCAGGAGCUUUGAGUCACCAGAGCUCCAGUUCUUUCUAAUGUCUGUUUGAAACGUCAGUGAAUCAGCGGCUGGGUUCUGCAUGCCGCUGCAAGGGGGGAGACAUGGAGAAGCUUCUCAAAUCUUUAUAUAGCCUUAUCAUUAGGAUGAGUCAGGUCCCAUGGUUCACGUUGUCAGGAACAGUCACCCUGCCUUUUAGGAGCCGGAGAUGGGUUUUAUUACAACCACCAAUACACACACUCAUGAUGUACAUACUCUCCCUGCAGGUGGUGGAGGAAGUAGGCUAGAAGUGAUAGCUAUGUAAUUUCAGCCGGAUAGAUACAAGGGAACCGGGUUAUAACGAUUAGUUUGGAUGCUAAAAUCCCCUGACUCCUAACUAUGUUGUCAGGUCUGGUUGCGUUCCGGCAGCAUCUCCAGAACCUGGCACGGACCAAAGGCAUCCUGGAGCUGAACAAACAGAUGUACGAGCAGAUGGGCUCCGGGGAGGACCCGUCCUCCAUGAGGACCCUGGGGCCCAAUGCAAACCUGCAGAACCUGCUGGACCCCAUGCAGCAGGUCAGUACUGGCUCCACAGUGUCGGGAGUGGAUGGGACAGACAGACAGCCAGAUAGUUAGCAACAAUGACAAGAAGCUGCCAAGUGGGGAAUCAUAGGUGGCUCGUUUCAGCUCGUUGUGUUGAUACCAUGUCUUGUUUUGAGGUGUUUUAACCCAGCAGCACCUCUCCUGACCUCCCCAGUGAUUAGUUAGCCAGCCAGCCGGUGAAUCACAGACGAUGCUGGUUAUAUAAUGUUCCGUCCGGACGAAGAGGUAGCCAAUUGUCUCCUUGUUGACUGUCAGUCAGCCCCUGGUGCUGCAGAGUGAAUGCAGCCAUUGUUGUUUAGGUCAUAUGAGAGAGAGGAGAGAGAGAGAGGAGAGCGGAGAGAGACUGUGACUGACUGAACUGAAUCACCGUCGGCUGCUGCUUGUAAACAGGCAACAACGAGUCAAUUCAAUGGCCACUAAGACCGAGAGAGACGGCAUGAUGGAUCUGUGAAUCAGUGCAUCCAUUUCCCUUGCCCUAGAACAGUGGUUGCUGCGUGUAAACACAAGGCCUGUGUGGUUGGUUGGUUGUGGCGUCCCAAAUGGCACCCUAGUCCCUAUGGUAGUGCACUACUUUUGACCAGAGCUCUGGGUGAAAAUAGUGCACUCUAUAGGGAUUGGGAAUAGGGUGCCAUUUGGGACAAUGCCCUGGUGGUCUAAGGGCUGAUUGGCAGCAUGUCUGUCUGUCAACAAGGUCCCUAUAGUUGCUUACCACACAAUCACUAUACACAGUCAGCAACAAUACAACAACACAUUGGCCCUGUAUACAAGAGUGGCAAUGACUUAAUUCAUCAGUGGAGCUGUGUGUGCUCCGGACAACGUGACCAGGAACAUUUUUAUUUACCGGCCAUCUGAGAGAUUCACCGGACCCAUAUGCAAAGGGUGCAUAACCCAUUAAGGCGUCCACACACGGUGCUCAGAAUGAUAGAAAUCACAUUUAGAUGAUGGUAAUUAUUCUUAACAGAACAUGCAACUCCAGUAAUGAAGCAGCCAAUAAAACGUCAUUUUAAACAUUUGCCAAAAUUGAAUUUGCGGGAACACACCAUUCCAUAUGUGACUAUAACCAGGUUUACAUCCAACAUUUUAAUGUGAGUAAAGUACGUGUCGGAUAACAAAUGUAAUGACAGCCCUGAUGGAAAAUUUCCAAAUGUCGACUAAACAAAAUAAGCUAGACAAGGUGGGCUCUUUUUGUGUCUGUAAAAUUAAUUAUGCGAGAAAUGUCUGUGGAAAAGCUUUUAUGCGCAAAUAAAGAUAUAAUAAUCAUAUUGAAGUAAACUUGGAGUCACACGAUGACAUGUUGUGUGGUCCUCACACUACGACUUGUCGGGAAAGCAUGCAGUUUAUUAGCCUACAGAUCAAAUGAAUGAUGACCUUCACAAGGUGGUGGAAGUGCAAGGUGAUGAGCAUGAUGCUCUUUUCCAAUAAAUAUUGAGGGUCUUAUUCUGGUGGCAUGAUAAUCAAUGCUUGGCUGCUGUUUAACAAAUACAAAUAAUCUUGCUAUUUUGUCCAUAAUAAUUAUGUAGGCUAUAUGUGCGCUCUAGACAAAAGCGCACAGAUAGCGCUGUUGGCUAGCGCGCCCAUGCCAAUACCAGAGUGGGCACACUCGCUAUAUAAUGGAAACAUUUUUGUGAGAAAAUCAGUAAAGUUAAAAAUGCGAUGGAAACCCAUUUAACUAGUUAUUUUGAUGUGCACUACGUCAUCAUGUACAGCGUUAUAUUUGCAGUCAAUUUGAUGGAAACAUCUCUGGUGGGAAAAUUUGCAUAUUGUUUUUGUGCAGAUUUUAGAAUAUUCUCAUGAAAAGCUGUCGCCAAUUGGAUGGAAACCUUGCUAGUGAUGAAAAUCUCUUAGAAACUUAGAAAGAAGGGGAAUCUAAAGAUGCAACAGCUAGGAUGGGUUACUAAUAUGACUAGGAUUGUGCCUUUGGCUUUUGGACAACGAAAGAAAGUUGAUAUGAAAACCAAUACAACGGCAGAGAAAUGCUGGUUUCAAUGGCAGUCUUUAUAAAAUAUCUAUCUCCGCGUUUCUAUGGUCGGAUUUUGCCUAUAGGCUACUUUGAAGCAAGGUAAGACAUGCCUCAUAAUAUGAAGUAAAACGUUCAGGCUUCAAACAAUUUAAGUAUCGUUUUUCAAAAUGCAAACUGCCUCCAGCUCACAAUGCAAAGUGGUGGGUGAUGCACUGAUAGCCUGCCUACCGUUGCCUAUGCACUUGAAUGGUGAAUGGAAGGCGUGCUUCAAUUACCAGCUGAGAAAUAAAAAUAGUAGCUAUUUUGAAUCAUGGUGAUCAAAACUGUUUAACAUGCGAUUGCAUUUAGAAUUGUUGCGAAAUGACUGGACUUAAAAAAGCACGUUUCACUCCAGCAGCAACGAGCUGAGGAGCUACAGGAGCUCUAGUGCUGUCUGACAAGUGAUAUUUAGCUCAAAAUAGGCUCUGUAUGCUGUGCUCAUGUGAAAAAUAAGAUACAUAACGACAAUACACACACCCAAAUUUAAUUCCACAAAAUUUGGCAAAUAUCCUACAGGCCGAUAAGCAUGACGGUCAAAUGUAUUUCCAUCGACUGCUAUUUCCAUCAAUUAAUAAAAAGUAUUAUUUUUCAAUGGGAUCGUUUUUUCUCCCAGUCAAUUUGGCCGCCGACCAUUUUAUUUAUAUGCUUAGAUAUUUUUUCCCAAAAGCCGGCAAUUACCGGCAAACGGAAACCCUGCUCCGCGUUUGUGUGUGCGUAGGUGGUCUGUAACCCAGUGAGAUUGUGAGUGUAACCUCUGAACUCUUCUGUGUGUAUUGUGUGUGGGGGGAGGCAUCUAAGCACGAGGAUAACUUAGCUUUAUACCAUGAUGGCGCCCAACCUCUACUGUCCCGAAGACAGAGCCUGGAGACACAAUAUCUCGCACACAGACUACAGGUAUUAAUACACCACUCAAUCUGUCUGAUAUGUAUAUACAUAUUUAUUAAAGGAGUAAUCAAUUACAAUAAAACAAUGACUAAUAAUAUGUUGUUAGUUUGUAUGCAUUACUGUAAGAUUUUAUCUCAAUUUCAUUGUCAUUUUAUAUCUAUCAAUGUUUAUGGAUGGCACAUUUGAGAUUGGUCACCCUCAUUGCAACCACAGAUAUUUAUUGAAUCCCUCAUAUUCCCCUCUCUGUCCCUUACAGAAAGCUAGUGUUAUGGCUAAUGUAAGUCCUGCUAGCUGCCAGCUCUUCUGUAAGGAGAAUCCUCGGAGUCUAGAACAACAGCUGCAGGAGCAUAGGUACAUUAUUAGACUAUUCACACUUAUCAAACAGAUACCACCGACAUCUUAUUUUUCCUGGUUGUCGCUAUAACCUAUAUCGCUAUAUCUUCAGGUUGCACCAGAAGAGGAUGUACCUCCAGAAGCAGACCCACCUCCAAGCCUACUUUAACCAGAUGCAGAUAGUGGAGGGUUCCUAUCCAGGGGACCCAGGGGCCCCUCCACAGCAGCAGGGGGCCUUGGCUGGGGCCCACCAGCAGCAGGGCAGCUCCCAGGCCUCCCCUCCCUACACCCAGGCCCUCAGCCCCCUCAUGGAGCCCAGCGCCAACCUGGUCUACGACCCCAACCUGGUCUACGACCCCUACCUGGCCCAGCACUACCCCCACCCUCACUCCCACCUCAGCCCAGUACUCAUGCCCCCCAGCCUGGCCGGCCAGCUGCAAAACCAGCACCCCGAGGCCCUGGGCUACAGCUACCAGCUGUGUGACCACCAGGGCCAGUUCCACUCCCCCCAAGAUGCACUUUAUCCAGAGCAAUACGAGUUCCCCCUGGACCCCGGUCAGCCGCACCCGCCUGGCCCAGGAGAGGCCCCUGUUGCCGGGUACGAGGGGCUGGCGCUCCCCGCCGAGCUCCAGGACUCCUUUCUGGACAGCGAGAUGAUGGAGACUGUAGACUCGCAGCACGGCUUCGUACUGGUGAAC